GCACAGACGAUCGCGCCUGCAUGCAGUCAUGCACCGGACUGACCACAAUUUUCAAAGCGACGUUGCUGAUCCGCGGGGGCUGAUGAGUGAUGGUGUUUCCUGCAGAGCUGCUUACGAAGGACUGUGGUCAUUUUAUAAGUGCUAUGGGAAAAACGUUACGGUAUGCCAACCAGCUGUUUUCCAUUGCACUGUUCACAGAUGGGGUACAGUGUCGGAGCUCGUAAGCAGUUGAUGGAAUGUAAAUUCAAAUUGGCUUGUUUGCAUUGCUGGUGGCACCAUUGUGGUGAUGGCAUAGACUUCUGACUUUUCCCUGUGCCUGCGCGGACCGACUAUCCCCGUUUCUCACAUUGAUUACGGACAUUCACUGACGAUCGACUAACUUACGUAGCAGCAUAUGGAUACUUCUACUUACUGAACUACCAGUAGAGCGGGAUGCCCCUGGCGCUGCAGCACGUCGCUUCCUGUGUUGGAUGGCCCGUGGUUGAUUCUUCCUGUUCUACGUUAACCAGAACAUACGCAUCCGGCAUCGAAGUACUUGAUUGUACUUGCGUCGCAUAUGCCCAAUAAAUUAGCGACGUAUGUCAAGUGCCCAUUAUCCGUCAGUCAGCGGCUGCGUUCAACAACUGUAACGGUCAUCGCCAGGAUAGCGCUGGACGUUUUCACAGAAACGUACCGGCCGCGUGCCUAAAGUUUUGUCUCUUGGCAGGCAUGUCCCCGAUGGUUGCGACUGAAUAGUCACCAUUUAGCUGACCGCCCGUGACUGGAGCAGGCAACGAGAUGCCGGCGGUGACGAAGAAAAAUAAAGAGUUCCUCGCGGACAAGACAGCAGCGGAGCCGGUACUGCAGCGGUCGGGGAAUGAGGAAUGGACAGCGAAGAUGAGCGGACAGGCUGGACGCGCCACCGGCUCCAGCAACUGGAAGCUUUUUAGUCCGCCGCCUCCUUACAGCGAAUCGGCGCCGGCCGCUGCACAGGAGAAGAGCCAGCGCAAAUUAAACGAUUUCGGAACCGGAAGAAGGCUCGGAGAUUGCCAAUCGGCCUUUCUCGCUGCCGCAGCAACCAGCACACCGGAUUGUAGCACUAAUGGUCAGAGCAUUGCCUUCGCUAGUCAAGCCGCUUCAUUUGCCACCAGCCCCAGCAUCAGUGAUUGUGGGACUCAUGGCGCCCAUCUGACGAGCAGCAUUCAACGGGGAAACUGUGCAAGAGCGUUAACCAGCAGCGAGAGCAAACGCCGCGCAUUCCACCCGGCCUCAUUGACGCCACUGGCCAAUCCCCACGGGGCCGGCUUCUCUCUGCUGCCUGUGCCAGCGGACGGACGUACUUUCAGCGGCGGUGCCGAUAAUUGUCCAUGUCGGCCAAUUGUCAAUCCCACUAACACUUCCGCCGGCUGCACAUGCCAUUUGCAGCUGAGAUUGUCCUUCCAGGGCGGCGGUUGUACGACUGGCCUCAGUCCGCUGCCGCACCACUCUUGCUCCGCCUCCGUGGCCUCUUCCCCCCGCAGCAGCAUCAGCACGCUGGCAUCUCGCUCCAGUUACGCUGAACUGCGUCACCUGCUGGCAUCACCGUGCAGCAGCCCGCACAACUGCACACCCAGUCCGGCGUUGCUCGGGCAGUGCGGUUGUCCUUUUCCAUCGGAUAGCGCAGGGCCGCAUGGUGAACGCCGCUGGAUAACCACCCCGACGUGCGGUUGCCACCGCAUACCAGCCGGCAACGGAGUGGAGUCUCUUGCCAGCCAAUACUGCACAUCUCCCGUAAGGUCACUGUCCGGCCUCCUCCGCCAGACCCAUCCCGCUAAGCCACCGUUUCCAUCCCGCGAGCAUUCCCGCGCGGAAUUGUGUCCAGGAGCAGCCUCCCCGACGGGAACGGUUAUCAUCCACGACAGUAUGAUCCCGGCCAGUGGCCGAAGUCCAUCAAAGCCGCAUAUGCCGGCGGAAGCAGAUAAAAGCGCACUGCAUUUAAGAAGCCACGACGCCGCUGCCAGCGGUGAUCGAAACGCUCUGCUCGCUACAGCCACAAACCGGCGUGAGCAACCGUACUUUGCUAGACCAAUUGCCAGCGCUGAAGCGGUGCGUACGAAUAAUAUGGCGCGCUCAGCCAAUCAUAAGCAACCGUGUUCUAGUACAUGUGCAGCAGCUGGCUGCGGCACGCAAGUGGCUGACAGCGGCAAUGUGUUGGCUGUUUGCCGAUCACACCAGAACGCCGGGGAACGAAGUUAUUUAGACCGUGCUCCAGUGACGAAAGGUCCGGUGCGUGGAGUAAUUGGUACCGGCGUGGGAGCGGCCAGUGCGGAAGCCAGAAUGCACCGGGCAGCAAGGAAUAUCUCGGCGGCUGUCUUCUCCCAGCCCUGUUCCGAGGAGUUGGAAGAUCCGCCGCCCUAUAAGCCGGCAGCGCCGACAGCACGGCCUAAGGUCGUCGUGCCCACAGCUGUGGUCAGCAGCGGCGAGCAGAAGGCGGCCAGCGCUCAGGUGGAGCAGAAGCUAGCCAAUCUGGAGGAAGAGCUGGCUCGGCAGAAUCUGCGCGAUGAAGACGACUACGACGAUGAGGAAUACUUCGGAUUCUGCUAUUUGUGCGGGGAACGUGUAAUUGGAGUGGAGCAAGCGUGCCAGGCCAUGGGCAAUUUGUACCAUACCAAGUGUUUCACCUGCAUAAUAUGCGGUCGGACCUUGCGGGGGAAGGCCUUCUACCACGUUCGAGGCAAGAUCAUGUGCGAAGAGGAUUAUCUGUACUCCGGCUUCCAGAACUCCGCUGACAAAUGCGUGGCCUGUGGCCAUCUCAUCAUGGACAUGAUCUUACAAGCGUUGGGCAAAUCCUACCAUCCUGGAUGCUUCCGCUGCUGCGUCUGCAGUAAAGCACUGGACGGCAUUCCUUUCACCGCCGACGUGGAGGGCAGUAUCUACUGUGUGGAGGAUUACCGCGGCGUGUAUGCGCCCAAAUGUGCCGCUUGUCAUUUGCCCAUUACACCCGUUCAGGGCUCGGAAGAGACGGUGCGCGUCGUCUCAAUGGAGCGUGAUUUCCAUGUGGACUGCUAUGUUUGCGAGGACUGUGGAACGGAGUUAGCCGAUCAGCCAGUGGAGAAGCGCUGCUAUCCGCUGGACGGCCAUCUUCUCUGCCUGGCCUGCCACAAUAACCGGCGUGAUCGCGAAGACUGGCCCGACCACCAACCGGACGCCACCGUUCCCGCCCGCCAGAAGAGCGGCACCGACGCGCGCACCCUACCCACACCGCAGCAGUCUGCGCGGGCCACCUCCGCCUCACCCGCUGCUGCAGCACAACGUCCUCCGCUGCAGCCAGCUAACAUCACCGCCACGACUUCCCGCCAUCGUCUCCCCGUCCUUGCACGUCCACCUCCCGCGCAACCCAACCGAACAGAUCUGCCCCUGCUGCCGGUGUGUUUGCCUAUUCAAGCGCCACCGGAAGUAGUAUGCGCCGAAUACGAGUCGGAUCGGGAUCGGCAACCACGGCACUAACUGCAUCGAUCCCGAAAGGCAGCGUCCGCGAACCGCUGGCCAAAGCAGCCCCUACUCUUACCGGCAAUCCUGGAUCUUACAGCGCCACCACGGCAUGAACCGCUUUUCAUCAGAGUUCAUGCUCAUAAGAUUUAUCAGAUGUUCAGCUGUUCGGUCUCUGAAUGUUAAAGAUGAGAUAACAACUUAAGUUUUACUACGUAGCUCAAUUCUUUUUGCACUCCCUACAAUCCUCAUUUUUUAAAAGGUUAAAACGCCUGAAAUAAAAUC